CCCAUCUCCUACUGCACCAGAGACCUCCACAUCUCUGGCUGAAACCACAUCAUCCACUGCACCACAGACCUCCACAUCACCUCGACAAUCCACAACUCCGGCUCUAACCCCAUCUCCCACUACACCGGAGACCUCCACAUCUCCUCCACAAUCCACAACUCCGGCUGCAACCCCAUCUCACACUGCACCAGAGAUCUCCACAUCUUCUCCACAAUCCACAACUCCUGCUCAAACCCCAUCUCCCACUGCACCAGAGACCUCCACGUCACCUCCACAAUCCACAACACUGGCUCACACCCCAUCUCCCACUGCACCAGAGACCUCCACGUCACCUCCACAAUCCACAACACUGGCUCACACCCCAUCUCCCACUGCACCAGAGACCUCCAUAUCUCCUCCACAAUCUACAAGUCCUCCUCAAACCCCAUCUCCCACUACAACAGAGACGUCCACAUCACCUCCACAAUCCACAAUUCCUACUCAAACCCCAUCUCCCACUGUUCCACAGACCACAGACAGGCCAACCACAGCCGCAUUAUCCAGUUCCACUUUGACACCACACACGACCAUGGAGACAACUCCAGGCACUUCAGUUCAACAGACAGCAGAACUUAUAAGCACCACCACCUUGAUGACAUCCACACGUGGUCCGGAAACAUCCACUCCGGGUCCUUCCUCCAGGCCAGCCAGUACCACAGUGCAGCAAGGGACAACCACGGCUCCUCUUCCUAGGACUUCCCCAUCACUGAGCACAGUAACUGCCACCUCCCCAGCUUCCCUGCAUAACACAACCGGACUCGAAACAACCACCCGGGCUAGCACCACCCUGUCACUGCAGUCUAGUACACCUGCUUCUUCUUCCACUUCAGCCCUGCCGAGAACAGCCGUGCCCAGCCCUCCUAUGGCACUAAACUCUGCAUCUCUCCAAGAAUCCCCAACAACUGUGCCAUCCUCCACAAAGACCAGUUCUUCUACACACAUGAUGACAACCACUUCUGUCAUCACCACCAAUUCCCCUACACAUAGCACAGCUGCCACCACCUCCACUGCACCAGAGACCUCCACAUCUCCUCCACAAUCCACAACUCCGGCUGAAACAUCAACUCCCACUGCACCAGAGACCUCCACAUCUCCUGGACAAUCCACAACUCCAGCUAAAACCACAUCUCCUAGUGCACCAGAGACCUCCACAUCUGCUCCACAAUCCACAACCCUGGCUAAAACCCCAUCUCCCACUGCACCAGAGACCUCCACAUCUGCUCCACAAUCCACAACCCCGGCUAAAACCCCAUCUCCCACUGCACCAGAGACCUCCACGUCACCUCCACAAUCCACAACCCUGGCUAAAACCUCAUCUCCCACUGCACCAGAGACCUCCACGUCACCUCCACAAUCCAGAACCCCGGCUAAAACCCCAUCUCCCACUGCACCAGAGACCUCCACAUCUCCUCCACAAUCCACAAGUCCUCCUCAAACCCCAUCUCCCACUACAACAGAGACGUCCACAUCACCUCCACAAUCCACAAGUCCUACUCAAACCCCAUCUCCCACUGCUCCAGAGACCACAGCCAGGCCAACCACAGCCACAUUAUCCAGCUCCACUUUGACACCACACACGACCAUGAAGACAACUGCAGGCACUUCAGUUCAACAGACAGCAGAACUUACAAGCACCACCACCUUGAUGACAUCCACACGUGGUCCGGAAACAUCCACUCCGGGUCCUUCCUCCAGGCCAGCCAGUACCACAGUGCAGCAAGGGACAACCACGGCUCCUCUUCCUAGGACUUCCCCAUCACUGAGCACAGUAACUGCCACCUCCCCACCUUCCCUGCAGACCACAACCGGACUUGAAACAACCACCCGGGCUAGCACCACCCUGUCACUGCAGUCUAGUACACCUGCUUCUUCUUCCACUUCAGCCCUGCCGAGUACAGCCAUCCCCAGCGCUUCUCCCACUGCAACGGAGACCUCCACAUCUCCUCCACAAUCCACGACUCAUGCUCAAACCCCACCUCCCACUGCACCAGAGACCUCCACAUCUCCUCCACAAUCCACAACUCCGGCUGAAACCCCAUCUCCCAGGGCACCAGAGACCUACACAUCUCCUCCACAAUCCACAACUCCUGCUCAAACCCCAUCUGCCACUGCACCAGAGACCUCCACAUCUCCUCCACAAUCCACAACUCCUGCUCAAACCCCAUCUCCCACUGCACUACAGACCACAACCGGGCCAACUACAGCCACGUUCUCCAGCUCCACUUUGACAUCACACACCACCAUGGAGACAAGUCCAGACACCUCACCACUACAGAUGACAGCAUUCCCAACUGCCACAACCUUGGUGACAUCUGCACGUGCUCCUGAAACAUCCACGCUGGGUCCUGCCUCAAGCCCAGCUGGUACCAGAGCUCAGCAAGGGAUAACUACGGCUCCUCUUCCUAGUACUUCCCCAUCACAGAGCACAACAUCUGCCACCUCCAUCGCCUCCCAGGAGACAACAAGCGGAGUGCAAACCACUACAAGGGCUAGCACCACUUUGUCACCGCAGACAAGUACACCUGCUUUUUUGUCCACUUCAGCCCUGCACAGUACAGCCGUCCUCAGCCCUUCCACAGCACAAACCUCCGCAUCUGUCCCAGAAUCCCCAACCACUGUGCCAUCCUCCACAACGACCAGUUCUUCUACACAAAUGAUGGCAACCACUUUUGUCAUCCCCACCACUUCCCCAACACAGAGCACAGCUGCCACCACCUCCACUGCACCAGAGACCUCCACAUCUCGCCCACAAUCCACAAGUCCUGCUCAAACCUCAUCUCCCACUGCACCAGAGACCAGAACCGGGCCAACCACAGCCACGUUCUCCAGCUCCACUGUGACACUGCACACGACCAUAAAGACAAGUCCAGGCACUUCAGCACCACAGACGACACCACUUCCAACCACCACAACCUUGGUGACAUCCACACUUGCUCCAGAAAGAUCCACGCUGGGUCCUUCCUCAAGCCCAGCUGGUACCACAGCUCAGCAGGGGACAACCAUGGCUCCUCUUCCGAGUACUUCCCCUUCACAGAGCACAACACCUGCCACCUCCACCGCCUCCCUGGAGGCCACAAGCGCACUGCAAACCACCACACGGGCUAGCACCGCUUUGUCACUGCAGACAAGUACACCUCCUUCUUCCACUUCAGUCCUGCCACGUACAGCCGUCCCCAGCCCUUCCAUGGCACAAACCUCCGCAACUGUCCAAGAACCCCCAACCACUGUGCCAUCCUUCACAACGACCAGUUCUUCUACACACAUCAUGACAACCACUUCUGUCAUCCCCACCACUUCCCCAACACAUAGCACAGCUGCCACAACCUCCACUGCACCAGAGACCUCCAAAUCUCGUCCACAAUCCACAACUCCUGCUCAAACCCCGUCUCCCACUGCACCACAGACCACAACCGGGACAACUAAAGCCACGUUCUCCAGCUCCACUUUGACAUCACACACCACCAUGGAGACAAGUCCAGACACCUCACCACCACAGGCGACAGCAUUUCCAACCGCCACAACCUUGGUGACAUCUGCACGUGCUCCAGAAACAUCCACGCUUGGUCCUGCCUCAAGCCCAGCCGUUACCACAGCUCAGCAAGGGACAACCACGGCUCCUCUUCCUAGUACUUCCCCAACACAGAGCACAGCUGCCACCACGUCCACUGCAACAGAGACCUCCACAUCUCUUCCAGAAUCGACAACUCCUGCUCAAACCCCAUCUCCCACUGCACCAGAGCCCACAACUGGCCCGACCACAACAAUAUUCUCCAGAUCCACUGUGACACCACACACCAAGAUGGAGACAAGCCCGAGCACUUCACCACCACAGGCAACAGUACUUCCAACCGCCACAACCUUGGUGACAUCUGCACGUGCUCCAGAAACAUCAACGCUGGGUCCUUCCUCAAGCCCAGCUGGUACCACAGCUCAGCAAGGGACAACCACGGCUCCUCUUCCUAGUACUUCCCCAUCACAGAGCACAGCACCUGCCACCUCCACCGCCUCCCUGGAGACCACAAGCGGAGUGCAAACCACCACACGGGCUAGCACCGCUUUGUCACCGCAGACAAGUACACCUGCUCCUUCUUCCACUUCAGUCCUGCCGAGUACAGCCGUUCCCAGCCCUUCCAUGGCAGAAACCUCCGCAUCUGUGCAAGAAUCCCGAACCACUGUGCCGUCCUCCACAACGACCAGUUCUUCUACACACAUCAUGACAACCACUUUUGUCAUUCCCACCACUUCCCCUACACAUAGCACAGCUGCCACCACCUCCACUGCACCAGAGACCUCCACAUCUCCUCCACAAUCCACAACUCUGGCUGAAACCACAUCAUACACUGCAACAGAGACCUCCACAUCUUCUCCACCAUCCACAACUCUGGCUCAAACGACGUCUCCCACUGCACGAGAGACCUCCACAUCUUCUCCACCAUCCACAACUCUGGCUCAAACCACGUCUCCCACUGCACCAGAGACCGCCACAUCUUCUCCACCAUCCACAACUCUGGCUCAAACCACAUCUCCCACUGCACGAGAGACCUCCACAUCUCAUGGACAAUCCACAACUCCGGCUAAAACCCCAUCUCCCAUUGCACCAGAGACCUCCACAUUUCCUGCAGAAUCCACAACUCCUGUUCACACCCCAUCUCCCGCUGCACCGGAGACCUCCACAUCUCCUGCACAAUCCACAACUCUGGCUGAAACCACAUCAUCCACUGCAACAGAGACGUCCAUGUCACCUCCACAAUCCACAACUCCGGCUCAAACCCCAUCUCCGGCUCAAACCACAUCAUCCACUGCAACAGAGACGUCCAUGUCACCUCCACAAUCCACAACUCCGGCUCAAACCCCAUCUCCCACUGCACCAGAGACCUCCACAUCUCCUCCACAAUCCACAAGUCCUACUCAAACCCCAUCUCCCACUGCUCCAGAGACCACAGCCAGGCCAACCACAGCCACAUUAUCCAGCUCCACUUUGACACCACACACGACCAUGAAGACAACUGCAGGCACUUCAGUUCAACAGACAGCAGAACUUACAAGCACCACCACCUUGAUGACAUCCACACGUGGUCCGGAAACAUCCACUCCGGGUCCUUCCUCCAGGCCAGCCAGUACCACAGUGCAGCAAGGGACAACCACGGCUCCUCUUCCUAGGACUUCCCCAUCACUGAGCACAGUAACUGCCACCUCCCCACCUUCCCUGCAGACCACAACCGGACUCGAAACAACCACCCGGGCUAGCACCACCCUGUCACUGCAGUCUAGUACACCUGCUUCUUCUUCCACUUCAGCCCUGCCGAGUACAGCCAUCCCCAGCGCUUCUCCCACUGCAACGGAGACCUCCACAUCUCCUCCACAAUCCACGACUCAUGCUCAAACCCCACCUCACAGUGCACCAGAGACCUCCACAUCUCCUGCACUAUCCACAAUUCCUGCUCACACCCCAUCUGCCACUGCACCAGAGACCUCCACAUCUCCUCCACAAUCCACAACUCCUGCUCAAACCCCAUCUCCCACUGCACUACAGACCACAACCAGGCCAACUACAGCCACGUUCUCCAGCUCCACUUUGACAUCACACACCACCAUGGAGACAAGUCCAGACACCUCACCACUACAGACGACAGCAUUUCCAACUUCCACAACCUUGGUGACAUCUGCACGUGCUCCGGAAACAUCCACGCUGGGUCCUGCCUCAAGCCCAGCUGGUACCAGAGCUCAGCAAGGGAUAACUACGGCUCCUCUUCCUAGUACUUCCCCAUCACAGAGCACAACAUCUGCCACCUCCAUCGCCUCCCAGGAGACAACAAGCGGAGUGCAAACCACUACAAGGGCUAGCACCACUUUGUCACCGCAGUCAAGUACACCUGCUUUUUUGUCCACUUCAGCCCUGCACAGUACAGCCGUCCUCAGCCCUUCCACAGCACAAACCUCCGCAUCUGUCCCAGAAUCCCCGACCGCUGUGCCAUCCUCCACAACGACCAGUUCUUCUACACAAAUGAUGGCAACCACUUUUGUCAUCCCCACCACUUCCCCAACACAGAGCACAGCUGCCACCACCUCCACUGCACCAGAGACCUCCACAUCUCGCCCACAAUCCACAAGUCCUGCUCAAACCUCAUCUCCCACUGCACCAGAGACCAGAACCGGGCCAACCACAGCCACGUUCUCCAGCUCCACUGUGACACUGCACACGACCAUAAAGACAAGUCCAGGCACUUCAGCACCACAGACGACACCACUUCCAACCACCACAACCUUGGUGACAUCCACACUUGCUCCAGAAAGAUCCACGCUGGGUCCUUCCUCAAGCCCAACCGGUACCACAGCUCAGCAGGGGACAACCAUGGCUCCUCUUCCGAGUACUUCCCCUUCACAGAGCACAACACCUGCCACCUCCACCGCCUCCCUGGAGGCCACAAGCGCAUUGCCAACCACCACACGGGCUAGCACCGCUUUGUCACUGCAGACAAGUACACCUCCUUCUUCCACUUCAGUCCUGCCACGUACAGCCGUCCCCAGCCCUUCCACGGCACAAACCUCCGCAAUUGUCCAAGAACCCCCAACCACUGUGCAAUCCUCCACAACGACCAGUUCUUCUACACACAUCAUGACAACCACUUCUGUCAUCCCCACCACUUCCCCAACACAUAGCACAGCUACCACAACCUCCACUGCACCAGAGACCUCCACAUCUCCUCAACAAAGCACAAGUCCUGCUCAAACCCCGUCUCCCACUGCACCACAGACCACAACCGGGCCAACUAAAGCCACGUUCUCCAGCUCCACUUUGACAUCACACACCACCAUGGAGACAAGUCCAGACGCCUCACCACCACAGGCGUCAGCAUUUCCAACCGCCACAACCUUGGUGACAUCUGCACGUGCUCCAGAAACAUCCACGCUUGGUCCUGCCUCAAGCCCAGCCAUUACCACAGCUCAGCAAGGGACAACCACGGCUCCUCUUCCCAGUACUUCCCCAACACAGAGCACAGCUGCCACCACGUCCACUGCAACAGAGACCUCCACAUCUCUUCCAGAAUCGACAACUCCUGCUCAAACCCCAUCUCCCACUGCACCAGAGCCCACAACUGGCCCAACCACAGCAAUGUUCUCCAGCUCCACUGUGACACCACACACUACCAUGGAGACAAGCCCGAGCACUUCACCACCACAGACAACAGUACUUCCAACCGCCACAACCUUGGUGACAUCUGCACGUGCUCCAGAAACAUCAACGCUGGGUCCUUCCUCAAGCCCAGCUGGUACCACAGCUCAGCGAGGGACAACCACGGCUCCGCUUCCUAGUACUUCCCCAUCACAGAGCACAGCACCUGCCACCUCCACCGCCUCCCUGGAGACCACAAGCGGAGUGCAAACCACCACACAGGCUAGCACCGCUUUGUCACCACAGACAAGUACACCUGCUCCUUCUUCCACUUCAGUCCUGCCGAGUACAGCCGUUCCCAGCCCUUCCAUGGCAGAAACCUCCGCAUCUGUGCAAGAAUCCCGAACCACUGUGCCAUCCUCCACAACGACCAGUUCUUCUACACACAUCAUGACAACCACUUUUGUCAUUCCCACCACUUCCCCUACACAUAGCACAGCUGCCACCACCUCCACUGCACCAGAGACCUCCACAUCUCCUCAACAAAGCACAAGUCCUGCUCAAACCCCAUCUCCCACUCCACCAGGGACCACAACCGGGCCAACCACAGCCACAUUCUCCAGCUCCACUUUGACACCACACACGACCAUGGAGACAAGUCCGGGCACUUCAGCACCACAGACGACACCACUUCCAACCACCACAACCUUGGUGACAUCCACACGUGCUCCAGAAAGAUCCACGCUGGGUCCUUCCUCAAGCCCAGCCCGUACCACAGCUCAGGAAGGGACAAUCAUGGCUCCUCUUCCGAGUACUUCCCCUUCACAGAGCACAACACCUGCCACCUCCACCGCCUCCCUGGAGACCACAAGCGGAGUGCAAACCACCACACGGGCUAGCACCGCUUUGUCACCGCAGACAAGUACACCUGCUUCUUUCACUUCAGUCCUGCCAAGUACAGCCGUCCCCAGCCCUUCCAUGGCACAAACCUCCGCAACUGUCCAAGAACCCACAACCACUGUGCCAUCCUCCGCAAUUACCAGUUCUUCUACACACAUGAGGACAACCACUUUUGUCAUCCCCACCACUUCCCCAACACAUAGCACAGCUGCCACAACCUCCACUGCACCAGAGACCUCCACAUCUCCUCCACAAUCCACAACUCCUGCUCAAACCCCAUCUCCCACUGCACCAGAGACCUCCACAUCUCCUCCACAAUCCACAACUCUGGCUGAAACCACAUCAUACACUGCAACAGAGACCUCCACAUCUCCUCCACAAUCCACAACUCCUGCUGAAACCCCAUCUCCCACUGUACCGGAGACCACAACCGGGCCAACCACAGCCAUGUUCUCCAGUUCCACUUUGACACCACACAUUACCAUGGAAACAAGUCCGGGCGCUUCACCACCACAGACGACAGCACUUCCAACUACCACAACCUUGGUGACAUCUGCACGUGCUCAAGAAACAUCCACUCUGGGUCCUUCCUCAAGCCCAGCCAGUACCACAGUGCAGCAGGGGACAAGCAUGGUUCCUCUUCCUAGCACUUCCUCAUCACAGAGCUCAGCACCUGCCACCUCCCCAACUUCCCUGCAGACCACAACCGGAGCUCAAACAACCAGACAGGCUAGCACUACUCUGUCACUGCAGUCUAGUACACCUGUUCCUUCUCCCACUUCAGGCUUGCCAAGUACGGCUGCCUUCACCCCUUCUGUGGCACGAACGUCUGCAUCUGUCCAAGAAACCCCAACCACUGUGCCAUCCUCUACAAUGACCAGUUCUGCUAUGCACCUGAGGACAACCACUUUUGCCAUCCCCACCACUUCCCCAACACAUAGCACAACUUUUAUUCCACAGAAUACACCUUCACAGCCUUCUUCAAUGGAGCAUACUUCUAGUCCUGCCUUAUACACCUUGACACAUGGGUCAUCCUCUACCCCAAUAACUACAACAGCUGAAGAGAAGACCAGUGCAGCUGUAGUUACAGAAGUCAUGUAUAAGAAUACUGUUAUCCUCGUGAGAGAAGAGAACACUGUUACACCAACAAAAACUACUCCCACAGCUACAGCCACUAAAAGUACAGUUGUGACGAGCACCACGAAAGUAGCCCCUCCUGUGAUUCCAAACAACGAGGCAACCACAACAUUAGCAGAGACCCCCACACGGGAGACCACUCCCCCCGCUGAAAGCACAACUACAUCCACUUCUGCUUUAGCAGAGACAUCCACUUCUCUUCUGUUCUCUUCUCUAACUGAGACCUCAGGACUAGUGAGUAUUUCGACAGCAGAGAAAAACAUAGUGUCCCCCCCUGUUAUCUCACCAUCAGAGAUGACAGCUUUUGUCACCUCUACAAAAGCUGACAUCUCUGAACCGACUGUUGCGAUAACAUCCACGGUUGAGACUGUUCUGGCUCCUACCACUGCAGGAUCUAUGGCCUCUUCCCCUGCUAAGACUACAGAAGCCUUGGUUGUGACAGUAGGGUCAGGGUCAUACACAAAUGCCACUCAGUCCAGUACAAAAAUGGUCACCAGUAAUGCAACAGAAAGAACCACGGUUCUUCCACAAACCAGUUCUCCAAAAGUAACCACCGGUAUGGUUACAUCCGCUUCCUCUCCUUUGACAAAUUCUCCACUUGAGCAUGUGGCAGCAUUUACCACCAGGACUGCACAAGAGACAGACAAAACUGGCUUUCCCACCACAUCACCAUUUGAGAAAACAGCUGUAACCACCCCUACCAUAGCUCAGACCACUACAGGUGCUCUUGUGACAACCUCACAUUAUACAGCUACAACUACAACUACUUCAUCUACCACACAAGAGAAACCCACUACAACCACAUAUAGCCCAAAAGAUAGAUCCUCAAAUGCACUGGGAACAAUUUCAACAGAAAAGGCCACUCCAUUAGCAAAGCAAGCCACUUGGCCUUUGGAGAACACGGCAACCACUUCUCCUCCAGCAGAGACAGCUGCAGCUUCUCUUGCAACCAUGUCACUGUUUGAAACAACUGCCAUCCUUCCUUCUCCAGGAAAGGCAUCAACAGUGGCUCUUCUGAGCACUUCACCAUUUGAAAUGGCAACCAAACCCCCUCCUACAAUACCAGAGGCAUCCACCUCUCCCCUUAAAACCACUUCAACAUUUGAGGGAACUGCUGUCACUUCCAUGAAAACAGAAACAGCCGCACCACUGCUGACCACAUGGACCAAUGCAGAAACAACCGCACCUCCUAAGAGUGAGACGCCUAAAGCUGCUCUUAUGACUGUGUCACCAUUUGAAACAAUCCCAGAGGUCACCUCUAGCUCUACAGGCAUAACCAAAGCUGCUCUGGAGACCGUCUCCUCCUUUGGGACAACACCUUCAGGAAUAUCCAGCACAGCAGGGGAAUACACAACUCAUCUUAAUCCCACUUCCCCAUCGCAGUCAACUCUUGGAGCCGCUUUGAGAACACCAGGGACCUCUUCCACCACUCCUGUGGCCACCUUACCUUUCAACACCACUGUGGCCAAAUCUACCCUAACAGAGACGACCGCUGCUUUCCUUGCAACCACUUCACUGUUUAAGACAACUGUUCUCUCACUCACGAUAAAGGAGACGUUGACACCUACUAUUCUGAAUACUUCACUAUUUAAGACACGAACUGAGCGUACCACACCCAGUACUGACCGAGAGAUCACUGCAUCCCAUGAGGAAAGAGAUGAAUCCACUUCUGUGGUAAGACAGCCAUCCCCAUCUUCACCUCCCAACACAGCAGCAUUUGGCACAAUACCUCCAGCCACUGUGAGCACACCAGAGACAUCCUCAGUUACUCCUGUGACCGCUGCACUUUUUGAAACAAGUCCUCAAACCACCUCCCACAUAGCAAGGACAUCCCCAGCUGCUUCUAGGCCCAUGUCUCCAUCUGAAUCAACUUCUGUCCCCUCUUCUAGCAUGUCAGGGACAUUCCCAGCUGCUCCUUUGAGCACUUCACCCCUACAGAACAUGGCAGCCACUUCUACAGAAAUACAAGCAUCCAUCGCUUCCCUUGCAACCAUGUCACCAUUUGAAACAAGAACCCCAAUCCCUCCUUCUGUAAGGCAGACAUCAACGGGUGUUCUUCUGAACACUUCACCAUUGGAGCAGGCAAGUAAUAUCCCUUCUACAAUACCAGGGAUGUCCACAUCUCCACUUAAAUCCACUGCAACAUAUAAGGUACCUGCUAUGACUUUGAUUAAAACAGAGGCCGUCACACCACCUCCAGCAACUUUGACCAACACAGAGGCACCCUCUGCUUCUCCAGAAACUAUUUCUCCAUGGGCAACAAAGCCUACAUCCAUCCUUAUUACACAAGGCACAUCCAGAAUUGUGGCUGAGAGCACUUCAGAAGUUGCAGUCACAUCUGCUGUCACCUCUCCUAAAUAUGAGACGUUUAAAGGUGCCCCUGUGACUACUUUACCAUUUGAAACAAGAGCCGAGGCCACCUCCAGCACUUCAGGCAUGACCAAAAACACUCCAGAUAUAUCCAUGCCUUUUGAGAAAACCACUACAGGGACCUCCAGCACAGCAGAGGCCUCCGUAACUGCUUCUACGCCUAAAUCUCCAUUUGAAUCAACUUCUACCCCCACUUCCAACACUUCUGGGACCACCUCAACUGCUCUCCCAACCACGUCACCACUGGAGAACUCUGCAGCCACUUCUGUUAUGACAGGGACAACCACAGAGUCCCUUGCAACCACCUCACGAUUUGCAACAGUGACUUCCAUCCCUCCUCUUGUAAGGGAGACAUCAACAGCUGCUCCUUUUCAGACAGCCACUGAACUCCUUUCUACAAUACCAGGGUCAUCCACAUCACCAUUUAAAACCACUUCAGCAUUUGAGGUAUCUGCUGCCCCUUCAAUCAAAACAGAAACAGCCGUACCACCUCUAGCUACUUCCACCAGGGCAGACACAUCCACAGCUCCUCCAGAAACUACUUCUCCAUUGACAACAGUAGCUACAACCACCCUAACUACAGCAGGCCCAUCCAGAGCUAGGCCUGAGACUACUUCAGAAGUUGAUGUCACACCUACUAUCACUUCUCCUAAUGGUGGGACACCUAAUGGUGCUCUUGUGACUACUUCCCCCUUGGUGACGAGAGCUGAGGCUACCUCUCACCCUGGAAGCACGACCAAAGCUGCUCCUGGCACCACUACGCCCCAUGAGACAAUGGGUGCAGGAACCUCUAACACAACAGAGACAUCCACAACUGCUACUAUGCCCAUUUCUCCAUUGCAGUCAACUGCUGGAGCAACUACCAGCGCAGCAGGUUCCUCUAGGGCUAUUCUUGGGACCACUUUACCACCAGAGACCACUGCUGCCACUUCUACAGUGGCAGACACAACCACAGCGAUCCUUGCAGCCACCUCGCCAUUUGAAGCAACAACUCCGAUCCCUCCUCCUCUAAAGGAGACAUCAACAGCUGCCCUUCUGAGCACUUCACCAGCUGGGACAAGAUCUGAGGCCAUCUCCCGCACAGAAGGGAAAGCCAGUACUGCCCCACAGGCCACAUCACCACUUGAGGAAAGACCUGGACUCACUUCUGUGACAAGAGAGCCAUCCACCAUCUCCACCCUCCCAGCUCUUGGCACAACACCUGCAGCCACUGCUAGUCCACCGGAGACCGCCUCAGCUGCUCUUGUGACCACUUCUCCUUUCAGAACAAGCCCGCAGCCCACCUUGCCCCCAGCAGAGACAUCCACUACUGCACAAGAGAUCACUUCACCAUUUGAGACUCCAGCUGCAGGAACCUCGAGCACAGCAGGGACAUCCAGAGUUGCUUCGGCUCCCAGUCUCCCAUUUGAAUCAACUCCUGCAGCCUCUUCCAGCACAGCAGGCUCUGCAAUGGCAACUGCUGUGACCACUUUAUCCAUGGCAUCUACAGUGGCAGAGACAUCCACAGUGUCUCCUACAACCACCCCAGCAUUUCAAACAUCUGCCGUCCGUCCUGAUAUAGGGAAGGCAUCCACAGCUACUCUUCUCAACACUUCACCACUUGAGACAGCAACUGAACUCCCUUCUAUAAUACCAGGAAUAUCCACAUCUACCCAUGAAACCACUUCAGCAUUUGAGGGAACUGCUGCCACUUUGAGUAAAAGAGAAACAACCACACCACUGCUCACCUUUUUGACCAAUGCAGAAACAUCCUCGGCUCCUAAGAGUGAGACACCUAAAGCUGCUUCUAUGACUGCUUCACCAUUUGAAACAAUACCCGAGGUCACCCCCAGCUUUUCAGACAUAACCAAAGCUGCUCCUGAGACAACCUCCCCCUUUAGGACCUCAGCUGUAGGAACCUCCAGCAUGACAGGGGCAUACACAACUCCUCCUAAGCCCACUUCCCCAUCGCAGUUCACUCCUGCAGCCUCCUUGGGACCAUGGACCGCACCAUCCUCUCCUGUGGCAACUUCACCUUUAGAGACCACUGCGGCCACUUCUACUCCACCAGACCAAACUACUGCUUCCCUUGCAACCACUUCAACAUUUAAGAUGACAACUGUUCUCCCACCUACCAUAAAGGAGGCAUCGACCCCUGCUCUUCUGAAUACGUCACUAUUUGAGACAAGAACGGAGAACACCUCACCUGGUACUGCCCGAGAGACCACUGCACCACUUGAGGAAAGAGUUGAAUUCACUUCUGUGGCAAGAGAGUCACCCCCAUCUCUACCUCCCAACACCCCAGCAUUUGCUACGACACUUUCAGUGACGGUUAGAGUGCCGGAUAUAUCCUCAGCUACUCUUGUGACGACUACACUUUUUGAAACAAGCCCUCAAACCACCUCCCACACAAUAGGUACAUCCCCAGCUGCUUCAAUGCCCAUGUCUCCGCUUGAAUCAACUCCUGCUUUUAGCACAUCAGAGAUGUUGUCAGCUGCUCCUCCACCCACGUCACCAUUGCAGACCUCUGCAGCCACUUCUGCUACAACCGGGACAACCACAGAGUCCCUUGCAACCCCCUCACCAUUGGAAACAACAACCACCAUCCCUCCUCCUGUAAUGCAGACAUCAACAGCUACUCUUCUCAGCACUUCACCAUUUGAAUCAGCAAGCAGAAACCCCUCUACACUACCAGGGAUGUUGACAUCUCCACUGAAAUCCACUGCAUCAUUUGCGGGAACUGCUGCCACUUCAAUUAAAACAGAAAAAGCCACACCACCUCCAGCGACUUCGACCAACACAGAGGCACCCUCUGCUUCUCCAGAAACCACUUCUCCAUGGGCAACAAAGCCCACAUCCAUCCUUAUUGGAACAGGCACAUUGAGAGCCGUGCCUAAGAGCACUUCACAAGUUGCAAUCCCAUCUGCUGUCACCUCUCCUAAAUAUGAGACCUCUAAAGCUGCUCUUGUGACUACUUUACCAUUUAAGACAAGAGCUGGGGCCACCUCCAGCACUGCAGGCAUGACCAAAAGUCCUCCUGAUAUAUCCAUGUCUUCUGAGACAACCAGUGCAGGAGUCUCCAGGACAGGGGAGGCCUCCACAACUGCUUCUGUGCCCAAUUAUCCAUUUGCAUCCAAUUCUGCUGGCACUCCCAGCACUUUUGGGACCUCCUCAGCUGCUCCCCAAACAACUUCACCAGUGGAGAGCUCUGCAGUCACUUCUGCUAUGACAGGGACAACCACAGAGUCCCCUGCAAUAAGUUCACCAUUUGAAACAGUGACUCCCAACCCUCCUUCUGUAAGGGAGACAUCAACAGCUGCUCGUUUGAACACUUCACCAUUUGCGACAGCCACCGAACUCCUUUCUACAAUACCAGGGUCAUCCUCAUCACCACUUAAAACCACUUCAGCAUUUGAGGUAUCUGCUGCCCCUUCAAUCAAAACAGAAACAGCCGUACCACCUCUAGCUACUCCCACCAGGGCAGACACAUCCACAGCUCCUCCAGAAACUACUUCUCCAUUGACAGCAGUAGCUACAACCACCCUAACUACAGCAGGCCCAUCCAGAGCUAGGCCUGGGACUACUUCAGAAGUUGAUGUCACACCUACUAUCACUUCUCCUAAUGGCGGGACACCUAAUGCUGCUCUUGUGACUACUUCCCACUUGGUGACAAGAGCUGAGGCUACCUCUCACCCUGGAAGCACGACCAAAGCUGCUCCUGGCACCACUACGCCCCAUGAGACAAUGGGUGCAGGAACCUCUAACACAACAGAGACAUCCGCAACUGCUACUAUGCCCAUUUCUCCAUUGCAGUCAACUGCUGGAGCAACUACCAGCGCAGCAGGCUACUCUAGGGCUACUCUUGGGACCACUUUACUAUCAGCGACCACUGCUGCCACUUCUACAGUGACAGACACAACCACAGCAAUCCUUGCACUCACCUCGCCAUUUGAAGCAACAACUCCGAUCCCUCCUCCUCUAAAAGAGACAUCAACAGCUGCCCUUCUGAGCACUUCACCAGCUGGGACCAGACCUGAGGCCAUCUCCCGCACAGAAGGGAAAGCCAGUACUGCCACACAGGCCACAUCACCACUUGAGGAAAGACCUGAACUCACUUCUGUGACAAGAGAGCCAUCCACAUCUCCACCUCUCCACACCCCAGCUCUUGGCACAACUCCUGCAGCCACUGCAAGCCUGCCGGAGACCGCCUCAGCUGCUCUUGUGACCACUUCUCCUUUUGGAACAAGCCCGCAGCCCGCCUUACCCCCAGCAGAGACAUCCACUACUGCACAAGAGAUCACAACACCAUUUGAGACUCCAGCUGCGGGAACCUUGAGCACGGCAGGGACAUCCGGAGUUGCUUCGGCUCCCAUUCCCCCAUUUGAAUCAACUCCUGCAGCCUCUUCCAGCACAGCAGACUCUGCAAUGGCAACUGCUGUGACCACUUUAUCCAUGGCAUCUACAGUGGCAGAGACAUCCACAGUGUCUCCUACAACCACCCCAGCAUUUCAAACAUCUGCCGUCCAUCCUGAUAUAGGGAAGGCAUCCACAGCUACUCUUCUCAACACUUCACCACUUGAGACAGCAGCCAAACUCUCUUCUGCAAUAGCAAGGACAUUCGCAUCUCCACAUGAAACCACUUCAACUUUUGAUGUUGCCUUUUCAACUAAAAGUGAAGCGGCCACACCACUGCUAACCACUCUGACCAAUGCAGAAACAUCCAUAGCUCCUAAUAGCGAGGCACCCAAAUCUACUCUUAUGACUGCUUCACCAUUUGAAACUAUACCUGAGGUCACCUCUACCUCUGCAGGAAUAGCCAAAGCUUCUCCUGAGACCACUUCUUCCUUUGGGACAACAGCUAUAGGAUCCUUCAGCACAAUAGGGGGAUAUACAUUUCCUCCUAAGCCUACUUCCCCAUUGCAGUCAACACCUGCUGCCUCUUUGAGAACACCAGGUACGUUCUCCACCACUCCUGUGACCACUUCACCUUUAAAGACCACUGUGGCCACUUCUACUCUAACAGAGACAACCACUGCUUCCCUUCCAACCACUUCAGCAUUUAAGACGACAACUGUCUUCCCACCUACACUAAAGGAGGCUUCGACAUCUACUCUUCUGAAUACUUCACUACUUAGGACAGGAACAGGGAACACCUCACCCAGUACUGCCCGAGAGACCACCACACCACUUGAGGAAAGAGUUAAAUUCACAUCUGUGGUGAGAGAGCCACCCACAUCUCCACCAUCCAAUACCCCAACAUUUGAGAUGACACCUUUAGUCACUAUGAGCACACCAGACACAUCCUCAGCUACUCUUGUGACCACUACACUUUUUGAAACAAGCCCCCAAACCAUCUCCCGCACAGCAGGGACAUCCUCAGCUGCUUCUAGGCCCACGUCCCCAUUUGAUACAACUGCUGCCACUGCUUCUAGCAUGUCAGGGAUGUCCUCAGUUGUGCCUCCGACCAGUUCACCAUUGCAGACCUCUGCAGCCACUUCUACAGUAACACAGACAUCCAUAGCUUCCCUUGCAACCACGUUACCACUUGAAAUACCAACUGCCCUCCCUCCUCCUGUAAGGGAGACAUCGACUGCUGCUCUUUUGAACACUUCACCAUUUGAGUCAGCAAGCGAAAUCCCUUCUACACUAGCAGGGAUGUCCACAUCUCUGCUUAAAGCAACAUCAGCAUUUGAGGCAACUGCUACCACUUUGAUGAAAACAGAAACAGUCACACCACCUCCAGCUACAUUGGCCAACACAGAGGUACCCUCUGCUUCUCCAGAAAAUACUUCUUCUUGGGCAACAAAACCCACUUCCAUCCUUACUACAAUGGGCACAUCUGUAGCUGUGCCUGAGAGCACUUCACAAGUUGCAAUCACAUCUGCUGUCACCUCUCCUAAGUAUGAGACACCUAAAGCUGCUCUUGUGACUACUUUACCAUUUGAGACAAGAGCUGAGGCCACCUCCAGCACUGCAGGCACGACCAAAAAUGCUCCUAACAUCUCUACACCCUUUGAGACAACCACUGCAGGAACCUCCAGCACAGCAGAGACCUCCGUAACUGCUUCUAUGCCUAAUCCUCCAUUUGAAUCAACUUCUGCCACCACUUCCAGCACUCCUGGGACCUCCUCAGCUGCUCCUCCAACCAGUUCACCACUGGAGAACGGAGACAUCAACAGCUGCUCUUCUGAACACUUCACCAUUUGGGACAGCAACUGA